AUGGCGGAGGUGCGGAGCCGGGUGCGGGGGUUCCUGCGGAACCGGUGGCUGGUGUUCGUGGCGGCGAUGUGGAUGCAGUCGGUCGCCGGGGUGGGGUACCUGUUCGGCAGCCUGUCGCCGGCGAUCAAGUCCUCGCUUGGCUACAACCAGCGCCAGGUGGCCAGCCUCGGCGUCGCCAAGGAUCUGGGAGACAGCGUCGGCUUCCUCGCCGGCACGCUCUGCGCCGUGCUCCCGCUCUGGGCCGCGCUCCUCAUCGGCGCCGCGCAGAACCUCGUCGGAUACGGCUGGGUCUGGCUCGCCGUCACCCACCGCGUCCCCGUGCCACCGCUCUGGGCGAUGUGCAUGCUAAUCUUUGUUGGAAAUAAUGGUGAGACAUACUUCAAUACUGCUGCACUCGUCUCAUGUGUUCAGAACUUUCCCAAGAACCGUGGACCAAUCGUUGGUAUCCUCAAGGGAUUUGCUGGUUUGAGUGGUGCAAUCUUAACACAGGUUUAUGCAAUAAUGCACACGCCUGAUGAUGCCGCACUGAUAUUCAUGGUUGCUGUUGGCCCAACAAUGGUAGUCAUAGCUUUAAUGUUCAUUGUUAGACCAGUUAAUGGUCACAGACAAGUACGGCCAUCUGAUGGUACAAGUUUCACGUUUGUAUACAGCGUCUGCUUAGUCUUGGCCGCCUAUCUGAUGGGUGUGAUGCUGCUGGAAGACCUUGUUGGCUUGAGCCACUCAUUGACAAUCUUGUGUACCAUCAUUCUAAUGGUUCUUUUGCUAGUUCCAAUAGUCAUCCCUGUAAUGCUGAGCUUCUUCUCAAAUGACGACGAGAGUGCCUACACGGCGCUGUUAACAUCACCUCGGAGAGAAGAAGCAAGUGGUUCAGUAUCGUCUGAAGAGCAAGAAGUUAUACUCAGCGAGGUGGACGAGCAAAAACCGAAAGAAAUUGAUCUACUUCCAGCCUCUGAGAGGCAAAAGAGGAUUGCCGAAUUGCAGGCUAAGCUAUUCCAGGCAGCUGCUGUUGGUGCCGUUAGGGUUAAAAGGAGGAAAGGUCCACGACGAGGAGAGGAUUUCACGUUGCUGCAGGCAAUGAUCAAGGCAGAUUUUUGGCUUCUAUUUUUCUCCCUUCUGUUGGGGUCAGGAUCAGGUCUUACUGUGAUUGAUAAUCUUGGGCAAAUGAGUCAGUCAUUGGGUUUUGAGGAUUCUCACAUUUUUGUGUCAAUGAUUAGCAUUUGGAACUUCCUUGGACGUAUUUCUGGGGGCUUCUUUUCAGAGAUUAUUGUCAAGGAUUACGCGUAUCCAAGGGCAAUUGCCUUGGCGACAGCUCAAGUAUUCAUGGCAAUUGGACACUUCAUCUUCGCAAUGGGUUGGCCCGGCACAAUGUACAUUGGCACAUUGCUUAUCGGGCUCGGGUACGGCGCCCACUGGGCGAUCGUGCCAGCUGCUGCCUCCGAACUAUUUGGCGUGAAGAAUUUCGGAGCAUUGUACAACUUCCUUACAGUCGCAAACCCCGCAGGCUCCCUGGUUUUCUCGGGCAUCAUUGCCAGUGGCAUCUACGACUACGAAGCCAGGAAGCAAGCUAACCAUAACCACUCAACAUUGCUGGGAAUGGUCUCCGACGUCGCUCCGGCGCUGAAGUGCGAGGGCUCCAUCUGCUUCUUCAUCUCGUCAAUGAUCAUGUCAGGGUUCUGCAUCAUUGCUGCCGCCCUGAGCUUGAUCCUGGUCCACCGGACAAAGAUCGUGUACACGAAUCUGUACGGUAAACCCCGGACAUGA